CAGCAGCGGCUGCAGCCGGCGACGGGCAGCGGGACGAGGCGGCGGGAAGGAGCCUGAUCGGCGGCGGCGCUGCUGCGGUUAUUGUCGCUGCCCACGCCCAGCCGCGGUGGUACUUCGGGAGAAGGAUCCAAGUUAGCAACAUGGCGACUCUGAAAGACAUUACCCGACGCUUGAAGUCUAUCAAGAAUAUCCAGAAAAUCACUAAAUCCAUGAAGAUGGUUGCUGCCGCAAAAUAUUCCAGGGCGGAGAGAGAAUUAAAGCCUGCCAGAGUUUACGGCGUGGGGGCGUUGGCUCUCUACGAGAAAGUGGACAUCAAACCCCCUGAGGACAAGAAAAAGCAUCUCCUUAUCGGAGUGUCUUCUGAUCGUGGCUUGUGUGGGGCCAUCCACACCUCCGUGGCCAAACAGAUCAAGAGCCAGUUCUCCAACCUGACCGGUUCGGGGAAAGAAGUCAUGGUGGUUGGGAUUGGGGACAAGCUCAGAGGCAUCCUUCAAAGGACGCACGGAAAGAACUUCCUCUUGAACUUUAAAGAAGUUGGAAGGAAGCCUCCCACUUUUGGAGACGCAUCGGUCAUUGCUCUGGAGCUGCUGAAUUCUGGAUACGAGUUUGACGAAGGCUCCGUCAUCUACAAUCGGUUCAGGUCUGUCAUUUCCUAUAAGACUGAUGAGAAACCAAUCUAUUCUCUUGAGACGGUUUCUGGGGCUGAAAGCAUUAGCAUCUACGAUGACAUCGAUGCGGAUGUCCUGAGAAACUACCAGGAGUUCGUAUUGGCUAACAUCAUCUUCUACUCCAUGAAGGAAUCUACUACGAGUGAGCAGAGCGCUCGGAUGACCGCUAUGGAUAAUGCCAGUAAAAAUGCCUCUGAGAUGAUUGACAAGCUGACCCUGCGAUUCAAUCGCACGCGUCAAGCUGUCAUCACCAAGGAACUGAUUGAGAUCAUCUCUGGUGCGGCAGCUCUAACCUAAGGGCUAAUCCGAAAGUGAAUUUCAUCCAGAAUCAACAGAUAAAGGAGAGUCUUCCAGCAAGCAGUUCCUUUCUCAAGGGAGAAGAUUAUUAAUCUGUCGUUCUGUGGAGAAUUCUCAGGCAGAGAAUCCCCCGUCUGUUUGAAAUUUGUAUUUGCAAAUAAAGUCCUACAUGAAAGUU